CACAGCAGGCUUGUCAACAGACCUUGGCCGUACCAAAAAUUCAGCUCCAAUCGCACGAAUAUCUUGCGCUAAAAGUUGCAUACCAAGCUACCGUAGAGUGCGUCGAGGGCAACAUUAUCAUCCCCGCACGGUUGGCCGACCGGAGAGAGCGAGCCUUCGCGCGAUGGCGUCAUCGUCGGCGAUGGAGGAUCUAAUGUUUGGCGAAAUCUGCCGCUGCUGCAUGGCAAGCAAGCCGCGCAUGAAGCCCCUGUUCGACACGAACCUCUUCGCGAUGCUGAACGCCGUCACGGGGCUGAAUGUGCACCGGAACGAUGGGCUUCCGUCGCAGCUGUGUGUGCCGUGCGUGCUGCAGAUCCGCCGCUCGCACUUCUUCAAGGUGCAGUGUGAAAACACGGACGUAACGCUGCGUAGCUACGCGGUCGAGACGCGGUCAGAUGAUACGGACACGUACAUACUGGCGGAGGACGGGACGUACGUGAAGAAGGAGGCCGACUCGUCGUCACAAAAAGACGAUGGGGCAGCGCCGGCAGGUAGCGCCGUGAGUGGCAGCCCGGUCAAGCGGCUCCUGCCCAAGAGGCUCUUUUGCCCGCAGUGCCCGAAAGAGUUCCAGGCCGAGAAGCAGCUGAAGCGGCACAUGCGCACGCACUUUGUGGUGAAGCCGCACGGCUGCACCGAGUGCAGUGCGUCCUUCCUCGAGAAGUCCAACCUGAAGAAGCACAUGCUGAAGCACACGGGCGAGCUGCGGAACAGCGAAACCAAAACCCACCUCUGCAGCGAGUGCGGCAAAUCGUUCAAGUACGGCACCUCGCUGUCGCGGCACAAGCGGUUUCACGCCCAGCGCAACAUGUUCACCUGCACCGUAUGCUCGAAGGCGUACGUCGAGCAGACCUCGCUCGACGUGCACAUGCGAUCGCACACGAACGAGCGACCGUUCGAGUGUUCCACCUGCGACAAAACCUUCGCCCAGAAGGCCAAUCUCGAACGGCACGAGCGCACACACACCGGCGAAAAACCCUACGCCUGUGAUCUGUGCGGAAAGUGUUUCACGCAGAAAUCCUACCUCUGCGUGCACAAGCGCAUUCACGCGCAGGAGAAACCGUUCGCGUGCCCGAACUGUACCAUGUGCUUCGUUUCGCGCAACGCGCUCCAAAAACAUCAGGCCAAACCGUGCUCGGACAAUGUGCACCGCUGCAACGUGUGCAGCCAAACAUUCCGCUACAAGAAGGCGCUUCGUUUGCACCGGCGGACCCACCGCCUGGCGUACCUGUGCGAACUGUGCGAUGUAGGCUUUGCGACCAGCGCGAAACUGAAUGCGCACGUGAAAGCGGACCAUUCUGACAUGCCGGUUACUAGCGAAGGAGAAUAUCUGUUAUACGACGAUGGUAACAACGUGACGACCACGAAUCGAGCCCCAACACAGUCACAAGCGAAAAGGCCGCGGGCCGAAUCGGACGAGGAAUACGCCGGAGAGGAGGAGGAAGACGAACGGGAAGAGGAGGAAGAAGAGCUAGACGAUGAAGGGGAAGAGGAGGAAGAGGAGGAGGAGAAUGAGGGCGAGGAAGAGGAGGAAGAGGAGGAAGAGAACGAAGGGCAGGGCGGAGAGGAAAAUAUCAGCAUCCUGGGUGAGUACGAGGAAGCGGAGGCGGGAUCGCAAACGAAUGAAGAGGACAGUGUGGUGCACGUGGUGUACAACGGCGACAGUAUAGAGGAGCAGGAAGCUUACGAAGACUUUGGCGGUAGCUAUGACGAUAUCGUCAAGGAGGAACCGUUGCUAGAAAUUCGAAUCAUGAAUCCCGACGAUGUGGAUUCGGACAUUGAGCAGUGAGGCGGUGUAGAGUGUAGCCGCUGAGUUUGUUGAGUUACAGGGUUUCCCACGAUUUAUUGGUCAGUUCCCAUGAUUUUUUGGUGCGUUCCCACGAUUUUUUGGUCGUAUC